CAACCAACUCGACUCUCUCUCUCUCUCUCUAUUCAUCCCACUCGUCACUCGCCACUCGUCACUCGCCACUCCAUGCCACUCUCCUUCAACACAUAAUGGACAAUCAAAGUCCAUCUCUCAGUCGCUCGUGGACCCCCAUCGGUGAAACGUCGCACCAGCUCAUUGUCUAUCAUCCUCCUUCACAUGCCAUCCAAGUAGUACCCCACCCUCGUCGGUCUUCUCAAUCAGGUGUACCUUCCACCUCCCGACUUCGUCUGCUCUCACCAGAAGAGUCUGCUUCCAUAGCAGGCGAUCCCCCCACGUCCCAACCGUGCUGCCCCCUGUGCGGUCAAGACCUCCCGACUGAGCUUCCGACCAUUAGUCAACAAGCAGAUGACAGUGUCCAAUAUGAUCGUGACAGCGAGCACGGCGAAGCCCAAUACUUUCGAGUUCUUGAGAGGGCUCACGAACUGAGUCGCCCCGGAACGCCAGUUUCCAACAGCCAUCAACGUAUAUCGCGAUCAGAAAGUUCGACUUUUCGCAACCCAUCACGAGAUGAAAUCGACCCUUCCGACCUACCGGCUAUGGGCUACUAUCAGAGGUUCUUCAAAGAGAACCGGCGACUGGGUAUAGGUGCGGAGGGAAGCGUAUAUCUCGCAACCCACAUCAUCGGUGGUAGUGCUCUAGGCACUUAUGCCGUCAAGAAAAUUGCAGUCGGGACAUCGAAGACGUACUUAGUCAAGAUGCUCAGAGAAGUCCACCUUCUGGAGACGCUUCGCCAUCCCAACAUUAUACCCUACUAUCACUCAUGGGUGGAUGAGACCCAAUUCUCAUCAUUUGGACCGCCAAUCAUUGCCCUUCACGUCCUCAUGAUGUACGCCAACGCGGGAAACCUGGACGCCUUUCUGCUGAGCCGCAGUCAUUUGAAUCCUUCAAGUUCACCCCUACACGCCGAUGAUGUUGCAGACACGGAAGACAUUGAUCUGCUACCAAAAGCCGAACGCAUCAAGGCGUUCAAACGUCGACGGCAGAGUGGUGUGGGAGGACACCAGCGCGAGUACCGCGGUGUGCUCCUCCUGGGCUUGGAGGAGGUUGUAAAGCUUUUCAGUGACGUGGUAGAAGGCCUUGCUUUCCUCCACGCAAACUCUGUUCUUCAUCUCGAUCUGAAGUGUUCCAACGUUCUCUUACAUUGGGAAGAGGGCAAAGUUAUCCCAAAGGCUCUCCUGUCUGAUUUCGGGACGUCCGAGGAAACACUUCGAGGGCAAAGGGAGCGGACAGGCCACACGGGGACAAUGGAGUACAUGGCUCCGGAAACUAUUGUUAUGGACGUGAAUGGACACUGGCGACCGUCGGAUUCACACGCUGAUAUGUGGUCUCUCGGUGUGGUGCUGCACAAGAUGAUCUUUCUCAAAACUCCUUACCAGUUCCCCGAAGACCUCGACGCAUUGCACAAUGAGAUCAUCGCCUACCCCGGGUUUGUACCGACAGAGGAGGUGAUCCAAGUGUGUGAGAGGCGGCAUAUCCCUCGAGAUCUUCUACUCCUCCUUUCACGCCUUCUGAGCCGUUCGCCGGAUCAACGACCGACAGCCGAAAAGGUGAGGGUCGCCCUUAGCAAAUUGGGAGAUCGCUCGCUUGGAAGCACGUUAAAAGGUGUCUUUCGAGGACGACGCGGACAGGAAGGGCUGCAGAGAUCAGGUAACCAGAAAAGAGUCCAUGAAUCCCAGACGCUCCGAACAGUAUUGGCCCUGCCUUCGCCAGUGGAGUCCGUCCUCACAUCGCGCGACCCUACACCUCGGUUCCCGAAGCAACGACACCCAGUUCGAGAAUGGACACACUCAAAGAACACGCGCUUUGCGUUGUUUGUUGUCAAGCUCUGGUUGACCUGGGGCUCAAAGGGCAUUCUGGGUAUACGACUUUGA